UGGGGCAGGGGGAGGCGGCGCCGGGCUCGCAUUGGCUCAGCGGGCGCCCUCCCUCGCGGCACCGGUCCAGCGCGCCGAGAAAAGGGAUAUCGCCCCGUGGCGGCAGCCGGGCGCGAAUUCGGCGAGGAAACAUGGCUGAGUAUACGCGGCUGCAGAACCGCCUGGCGCUGAUCCGCCUCCGAAACCCCCCGGUCAACGCGAUCAGUGUGGCUGUACUCCGUGGAAUACAAGAGGGACUACGGAAAGCUCUAACAGACCAUACAGUAAAAGCCAUUGUGCUUUGUGGAGCAGGUGGCUAUUUCUCUGCAGGUUUUGAUAUCCGUGGCUUCAGUGCUCCUAGGAUCUCUGACUUCACACUGGGAAGUUUAGUAGAUGAAUUACAGAGAAACAACAAGCCCGUGGUGGCCGCUAUCCAAGGCUUUGCUUUAGGAGGGGGACUAGAGCUGGCCCUGGGCUGUCACUAUAGGAUUGCCCAUGCAAAGGCUCAAGUGGGCUUACCGGAAGUCUCACUGGGACUCCUUCCCGGUGGUAGAGGAACCCAGCUUCUCCCCAGACUCAUUGGAGUUCCCGCUGCACUUGACUUAAUUACCUCAGGAAGAUGUAUUUUGGCAGAUGAAGCACUCAAGCUGGGUAUUCUAGAUGAAAUUGUGAACUCAGACCCGGUUGAAGAAGCAAUCAAAUUAGCCCAGAGAGUUUCCGAUCAACCUCUGGAAUCCCGUAGACUCUACAACAAGCCAGUUCAGAGCUUGCCCAACAUGGACACCAUUUUCAGUGAAGCCCUCUUGAAGAUGCGGAAGCAGUACCCUGGGUGUCUUUCUCAGGAGACUUGUGUCCGUGCGGUCCAGGCUGCCGUCCAGUAUCCCUAUGAAGUGGGCAUUAAGAAGGAAGAGGAGCUAUUUAUGUACCUUUUGGAAUCAGGGCAGGCCAGAGCCCUGCAAUAUGCUUUCUUGGCUGAGAGGAAUGCACGUAAGUGGUCAACUCCGUCUGGAGCAUCCUGGAAAACAGCAUCACCACGGCCCAUCUCCUCAGCUGGCGUUGUCGGCUUGGGAACAAUGGGCCGGGGCAUUGUCAUUUCUCUUGCAAAGGCCAAGAUCCCUGUGAUUGCUGUAGAAUCAGACAAGAAGCAGCUAGAAAUUGCAAACAAGAUAAUAACCUCUGCCUUGGAAAGGGAAGUGUCCAAAAUGCAGCAGAGUGGCCACCCUUGGUCAGGACCAAAACCCAGGUUAACUACAGCUAUGAAGGAGCUUAGUGAUGUAGAUUUAGUCAUUGAAGCUGUGUUUGAGGAAAUGAACCUGAAGAAGAAGGUCUUUGCUGAACUGUCAGCCGUGUGCAAGCCAGAAGCUUUUUUGUGCACCAAUACUUCAGCCCUGGACGUUGAUGAGAUUGCUUCUUCCACUAAUCGUCCUCACUUGGUCAUUGGCACCCACUUCUUCUCACCAGCUCAUGUCAUGAAGUUGUUAGAGGUUAUUCCCAGCCGGUAUUCUUCCCCCACUACCAUUGCAACUGUUAUGAACUUAUCAAAAAAGAUUCAAAAAUUUGGAGUAGUUGUAGGCAACUGUUUUUCAUUUGUUGGGAAUCGAAUGUUGAAUUCUUAUUACAAUCAGACAUAUUUCUUGUUAGAAGAAGGCAGUAAGCCAGAGGAGAUAGAUCAGGUGCUGGAGGAGUUUGGUUUUAAAUUGGGACCUUUCAGAGUGUCUGAUCUUGCUGGGUUGGAUGUGGGUUGGAAAUCUCGAAAGGGGCGAGGUCUUACGGGACCUACGUUGCCUCCAGGAACUCCUGCCCGAAAGCGAGACAAUAGGAGAUAUUGCCCAAUUCCUGAUAUGCUCUGUGAAUUAGGACGAUUUGGCCAGAAAACAGGUAAGGGUUGGUACCAAUAUGACAAGCCUCUGGGCAAGAUUCACAAACCUGAUCCCUGGCUUUCCAAAUUUUUGUCACAGUACAGAGAAACCUAUCACAUUGUACCACGUAUUAUUAGCCAGGAUGAGAUCCUUGAGCGCUGCUUGUAUUCACUCAUCAAUGAAGCAUUCCGCAUUUUGGGAGAUGGGAUAGCUGCUAGUCCAGAGCACAUUGAUGUUAUCUAUUUACAUGGGUAUAAAUGGCCAAGGCACAAGGGUGGGCCCAUGUUCUAUGCUUCCACAGUGGGGUUGCCCACAGUGCUAGAGAAGUUGCAGAAAUAUUACAGACAGAAUCCUGAUAUUCCCCAACUGGAGCCAUGUAACUAUCUGAAAAAAUUGGCUUCCCAGGGAAACCCUCCUCUGAAAGAAUGGCAAAGCUUGGCAGGACCCCCCACCAGUAAAUUGUGAUUCAGCCUUCCAGGUUAUGCCUCACAUGCUGGCAUCAGGUAAUACUCACUGAAUUUCAUUGAAAUUAAACCAAAGAUCCAAAGUAAGAUUGCUCUGAAAUACAAAGCCAAAGAAAGAAUCUGUGAGCUAAACCUCCUCUUUGGGUCUUCUGUCUGUUGAUUCUAAUGGGUCAAGUCUUUAGGAGUGUACUUCCUGUGCCUCUGAAUCUGUCCCUAUCAGAUCAAUUAUUUUAAAACCAAUGAAUAAACUUGUGUUGAUACCAUAAUAACUAAGGAGAGAGCCUGAGGAAUAAGUUGAGGUUUCCACGUGCGUUGAUCAUGGGAGAAAUAUGUCAUCAAUUAAUAACUGAUAAAUGCAACUAAGUCAUAAGUUCAUUUUGACCCCUUUCAACCUCACACACAUAGCACUGAUAGCAAAUCUUAUGGAUCCUUCAUUCAACAUUCAUGGUGCACUCCCUGAACAUUUUGCACAGCACUUGGCAGACCUGGAGUCCAGAGGGGCCGUUAAUCCAGCAUGGAAGCCUGUGACAAAGUUCAAUCCCUAAUCUCGGAGGUGGAGUGGAGAUAGUUGGCAGGGUAGAGUCAGCAGUGAAGGUCUCCGUGAGUGAGCAUGGAAAGCUUCCCAAGUAGAGGCAGAGGUAUUAACUAGAAAGAGAGGCAGGGUAUCAAAGGCAGAUCAGUGUUAAAGUUGUAAGCAAAACACGGUUGGGUAGUGGUGAGGGAGCCAAUUACUUCUGACCAGAAUGGGAACUCAGAGUAGCUUGGCAAGUCAUGCUCAGUAUAUUACUUUUAUCCAAGGCCCAGCCACAUGUGCACAGCUGUUCUUGCUACUUGCCAGGGGCUCAGUAAUGUUUGCUGAUAAUUUCCUCAAGACCAGAGGAUGGCCACAACCUGGCCUUUUCUAUUUGUGGAGAAGUAAUAGAAAGCGGUAAGUUGUUGACUUAGUAUCAGAAGGGAUCUUAGAGAACAUCUAACCUCCUCCGAUUCUGUGAUAGAGUAAUGAUGCCAGUUUCCCUGUCAUGAUAAGCCUUUUUGAUGUUGGGUAUGGAAAUGGUUGAAUCUUGAAAAACCUAAAAUUACUACAAAACAAAUUUUGUAUAAUUUUCUUAUAAGAGUUCUUCUCUUUUUACUUUUUGUAUGGUUAAAAGUUGAGAGGCUGCUCAACAUAAAAACUUGUACACAAAUGUUUAUAGCAGAAUUAUUCAUAAUAGCCCCAAAUUGGCAACAACCUAAAUCUCCAUCACCGGAUAAAUGGGUAAACAAAGCGUAGAAGAGCCAUACAAUAGAAUAUUUGCCAUGAAAAGAAAUGAAGUACUGAUACAUGCUACAACAUGGUGAACCUUGAAAAGAUCAUGCUAAAGGAAAGAAGCCAGUCACAAAGGGCCACAUAUUAUGUGAACAUUUAUAUGAAAUGUCCAAAAUAAGCAAAUCUAUAGAGUUAGCGGAUUAGAGGUUGCCUAAGGCUGGAAUGAUUGCGGGGUGUGGAAUGGGGAGUAAAUGGGUAAAGGGUUUCUUUCUGGGUGGAUGAAAAUGUUCUGAAAUUAUUGUGAUGAAGAUUACAUAACUCUGAAUCUAUUAAAAAUCAUUGAGUUGUAUAUUUUAGAUGAGUGAAUUGUAUGGUAUAUGAAUUGUAUCUCAAUAAAGUGGUUAAUAAAUAAAUAAAUAAACAAAUGG